AUGUGGGCAAGGGAGGGACAAGUAUUUAUCACUGAUGUGGAGAAUGGCUAUUUCCUAGUUUGUUUCUCAUGCCAGAAGGAUUUGGAACAUGCUUUAACUGUUGGUCCUUGGGUAAUCUUAGAUCAUUAUCUGACGAUUCGAUCUUGGGAACCAGAUUUUAACCCUUUUCAAGCAGUUAUAGCUCGAAUUACAGCUUGGGUGAGGCUUCCGGGAUUUCCAAUUGAGUAUGCAAACACAGAACUAAUUAAGGGGAUUGGUAAUUGGUUGGGUAAAUUUAUCAAGGUUGAUGCAGCUACAACUUCCUUGGCUAGAGGUAGAUUUGCUCGCAUAUGUGUUGAAUUAGAUCUUACCAAGCCAUUGAGUGCUGAGUAUAAACUGGAGGGUAGACUGAAGCAGGUGAAGUAUGAAAGAUUACCAUUGGUGUGCUAUUCCUGUGGCCAAUAUGGGUAUAGAUCAGAGAUGUGCUCAAUUAAAAGCCCUACUGAAAAUGAUGAAUCAUCCCAAAGCAAAACUAGGGAGGAACAAGGAGGGAAAAUAGUCACAAGUAUGGCUACAAGCUACACAAAUGGAGAGAAUGCAAAGGAAAAUAAAUAUGGUCCUUGGAUGCUAGUGAAUAGGCAGAGGAGAUUCAACCGAAAUAGUGACUCCGCUCAAAAAGGGAAGAAGGAGAACCAAUUUUUCCACCAACCCACAGGGAGACAAUCAUCCAAAUUUACUGCUCUUGAAAAUGAUUCAAAUGGUGCAGAAGAUGAAAAAGAGGAGAAUUUGAGUGUGGAAAUUAAUGAUGAAGCAAGGGGAGCUAAAGAGGGACCCAGUGUAGAGAAGAGCUUGAAUAAAAAAGAAGCUAGAGUUACAAAAGAAAGGCAUAUUAACAAGGAAAAGACAUCUGCCAAUUCAAGUCAAGUUGAGAAUAAAGUGCACCAGAAGACCACAAAGACAGAUAAGGAAGAGUUUUAUCCCAAAGAGAUCCCUUCAAUCCAAAUCCUAUCGAGAAAAGAUAUUCCUCCCAACAAACUGAUGCAGAGCAAAACUAUUCAAAAAAUUGAAAUCCAGCAGGCACUAAGGCCACCUGAUCAGAAGCAAGAUGAUAUGGAGCAAGAUAAUCUUAUUCAGGAUAUGCAGACGCGAGAUGAAUUGGAUGGAGCUGUUGGGAAAGAGUUUAGUCGUGUGUUGAAAAAUCUAGUUAAGAAUUAUCAUAUUUGCAUGAUAAGUCUACUAGAACCUAGAGCCAAUAGUUCUUCUGGUUCAAAGAUCAUGAAAAAGUGUGGUUUUAAUAGUUGUUAUGUGGAAGAAGCUCAGGGGUUCUCUGGUGGAAUCUGGUUUAUGUGGGAUUCAAAUGAGUUUCUCAAUCUGAUCAAAUGA